UUUUAACGGUAAACUUAAAAAAAAAAUCAAAUCGUAUUGUUCUAUGCUAAAAUAUUACCCCUAAACAGAAUGUUGGCAACACAGGUGUAUCAUAUUUAUUGGCAUCACUGACCCCCACCAAAUCGACGUCACUUUGUGUCAAAUUCUCAUUUUUUUUCUAUGCCUGGUGAGAUUUUUCAAUUUUCGCAUUGAAAAAUUGAAAUUUCGUGCAUUUUAGCAGCAUAUAAACGUGAAUCGUGAAGUUCUAAUGCAAUAAAAGAAUAAUCAGAGUAUCGACGACAACGGGGUAAAUUGAAGUGCAUCUGUAAAACAGUGAAAAAGUUCAUUAGUACGUGGCGUUAAAUGCUGUGCUAAUUUCUUGUUCCUAUCUUUCCACUUUUCUUGAUUUUCAUAUAUAUUAUUGUGUGUACAAUUGAUUGUGUGACGAACUUUACACAUUGAUUUGUUUUGGGUGCUGGCGGUGGUGGCGGCUACGGUAUUUGUCAAUUAAUAAUUUGCGGUGCGCAAACCAAAAAAAAAGUUUUGCAAGGUCCGGUCGGAUCUUUGGAAAAGACAAGGGAGACGGAAACUACCCCCUCAGCAAUGUCGGAUAUGGUUCUGAAUAAACCUACUCCGGAACGGAGUUCGACUGGCAGUAAAGAUCCCGAAAUGAAGGGUUGGCUCAUGAAGUGGACCAACUAUAUUAAAGGCUACCAACGGCGUUGGUUUGUUCUAUCUCGUGGAGUUUUGAGCUACUAUCGAAAUCAAGCAGAAAUGAACCACACAUGCCGCGGAACUAUAUCGCUUCAUGGUGCUCUCAUACACACAGUAGAUUCGUGCACAUUUGUUAUCUCAAAUGGAGGUACCCAAACCUUUCACAUAAAAGCUGCCAAUGAGGUAGAACGACAGUCUUGGGUGACAGCACUGGAGUUGGCCAAGGCGAAAGCCAUUCGAACUAUGGAAACGGAAGAAGAGGAGGAAGUUCAGACGGCACAUGUUGUACCCAGUCAAGAAAUCCACACAGUAAUUGCCGACCUAAGUGGUCGUUUGGAGAGCUUGCGCACCUGUUACGAUUUAAUCACUAAACAUGGUGUAGCAUUACAGAGAGCGCUCACUGAGUUAGAAUCGAAUGAUGAAGAGUCUCUUGCCAGUCGCACAAAGAUAGUUAAUGAGCGCGCUACACUUUUCCGUAUUACAUGCAAUGCGAUGAUUAAUGCAUGUAAUGAUUACCUGCGCAGCGCUGAGUCGCAAGGCUAUAAAUGGUCAAAAAUGGUUGAGCACGAGAGAGAGCAACGACAACGUUUGGAAGAAAUGGUAGAGAUGUUAGCCAAGCAACAAACUCGCCUUGAGCAAGCCGCACACACAGCCGCGCACCAAAACAAAUCAUUGGCAAUAGCAAACGAAAGUACUGCCUCGCUGAAUGCAGUUACAUCUGACGACGAAAACGAAUUUUUCGACGCGGAAGAGAACAACGGAGUGUUUGGAGAAAACUUGCCGAAGGAAGCUUCCGAAUUUGUAAUGACAUUGCCCUCGAAUACAGGCAACCACAAAGGCGUCGAUGUCGAGGACGGAUCUUUUGUUAUGAAACUCCAAAAGACUCGCUCUAAUUCCGAAGAGCAAGCACAUCAUAGUAGCUCAUCGGAAAAUGAAGAGCAAAAGCAAAACGAAUCCGAACCUCAGCAAGUGGUUGUAAUUAGCAAAAAAAGUAACACAUCCUCCGAACAAAGCAGUUCAAAUCACAAAUAUGGAAAUCCGAAAACCCAAAAGAGCCUACAACUUUCGAAAACUACUAGACAACGACGUACUCGCGUGCCAGAUAAACCAAAUUAUCCGCUAAAUUUGUGGUCAAUAAUGAAAAAUUGCAUCGGCAAGGAGCUGUCUAAAAUACCGAUGCCAGUUAAUUUCAAUGAACCACUCUCAAUGUUGCAAAGGCUUACGGAAGAUUACGAGUAUGCAGAUUUGUUGGAUGCAGCUGCACGUUGCACUGACGAAUGUGAACAAUUGGCGUACGUGGCAGCCUUCACCAUAACUAGCUACGCAACAACAGCAAAUCGCACUGGUAAACCUUUCAAUCCGCUUUUGGGUGAAACCUACGAAUGCGAUCGUAUGGAUGAUCUUGGAUGGCGUGUAGUGGCUGAACAAGUAUCACAUCAUCCUCCAAUGGCUGCGUUACACUGCGAGGGCCGCGAGUGGGCCUGCUGGCAGGAGUUCACCAUGACAAGCAAGUUUCGCGGCAAAUAUUUGCAGGUUAUUCCUCUUGGUAGUGCAUUCGUGAAUUUCCCCGCAACUGGCCACAAAUAUACAUGGCGUAAAGUGACAACGACUGUGAAUAAUAUUAUCGUCGGGAAAUUGUGGGUCGAUCAACAUGGCGAUAUGGAGAUCAGGGGAAUUAAUGCAGCAUCAGGCCUUGUAUGCCAUCUAAAAUAUAUUCCCUAUUCGUAUUUCUCACGCGAACAACAGCGCCGCGUUAAGGGCGUAAUCAUGAAUCGAAAUAAAGAAGUUAAAUGGGUGCUGCGUGGCACUUGGGAUUCUUCCAUUGAAAUUGCGCCCGUUCUUUCCACUUCUGGCACCGUUGAUAGUCCAGUUUACCAAACCAAUGGCUACAAAACAGUGUGGACGCGCCGAGAGUCGCCACCAGAUAAUGAAAAGUUCUAUAACUUUACUACAUUGGCAGCCCAAUUGAAUGAACCAGAAGAGGGCGUUGCUCCAACCGACUCCCGUUUACGGCCCGAUCAGCGUUUGAUGGAAGAAGGUCGAUGGGACGAGAGUAAUCGUGAGAAAUUGCGUCUAGAGGAGAAACAACGCAGAAAGCGGCGAGAACGCGAAGCGGAAGCUGAGGCCGCAGCGAAUGAGGGGCGGCCAUAUCCCCCAUAUGAACCGAUUUGGUUUAGACGCGAAAAGGAAGAGGGAAGCGAUAAUUUGGUGCAUGUUUUCAACGAAAGCUAUUGGCAGCACAAGCGUGACCAAGACUGGUCUAUGUGUCCUGAUAUAUUCUAAAUGCAAUUAACAUUUUUAAGAAAGGCAAAACAGCAAAAACCCUUACCGCAUAUUUGAAAAGCUGAUGAUUAAUUGCGAAAGUUAAAGUUAAAAUUAAUUAUUAAAACAAAAGUAAAGAAAGCAAAAUAAAAGUUUUUCAAGUAAAUACAAAGUCCAAAUAAAGAAAUACGAAAAAUUACUCACACGAAUACUUUUACAUGCAGAAAAAAAAGAGCAGAGAAUGCAAAAUUACACCAUGAAAAUAAUCAUAAAGAAAUUGAAGUUGAUGCCCUUUUACAUGAAAAGAAUUGUGCUGUAUAAGUAAAUUAUUAAAAAUAUUAAUUUUAAAGGAAAAAUACUAUUAAAUUUCUUAAAGGACUUUAA